GGGCAAGUGGAAAGACCCAAACCCGGCCCCGAAAGUGUAUGCUAGUGAACGUGCAGACAGGUAUUGUUUCUGGGACUCAUACUUUUUUCACUCACUCGACGUGCUUAAUACAAACGCUCUUUCACCAUUGAAAUCCAAAUCAAGAAAAAGAAACACACAAGGGAUCAGAGAUGUGGAGGCGUUUCACUUCACUCCCUCUCUUCUUUUCGCAUCUUCAACAGGUGAGAAGAGCUGAUGAGCUGAAGGCAUUUUGUACUGAAAUCAUCAAACCGACGGUAGAAGGUGAAAGCCAUUCCAGAAGAAAUAGCCCUUUUGUCGCUUUUGUAUUGGGAGGUCCUGGUAGUGGUAAAGGUACUCAAUGCCUGAAAAUAGCUGAAACUUUUGGGUUCGAACACAUAGGUGCAGGAGAUCUAUUGAGGAAAGAGAUGUAUUCCGGCUCUGAGAAUGGUGCCAUGAUUCAAAAGUUAAUGACGGAAGGAAGUAUUGCUCCAUCAGAGGUGACUGUCAAGCUGAUUAAAAAGGCAAUUGAAUCAGCUGAAAAUCGUAAGUUUCUAAUAGAUGGUUUUCCAAGAAGUGAAGAGAAUCGAAUGGCGUAUGAGAGGAUUAUUGGUGCUGAACCAAACUUUGUUCUUUUCUUUGAUUGCCCUGAAGAAGUAAUGGUCAAACGAGUAUUGAACCGGAAUGAGGGGCGAGUUGAUGAUAAUGAACAUACAGUGAAGGAGCGCCUAAAAGUAUAUAAAGAUAUAACUCUUCCAGUAGCCAACCACUAUGCCAAGAAAGGAAAGCUUUACAAGGUCGAUGGUACUGGAACUCAGGAAGAGAUAUUUGAACGAGUCCGUCCAAUUUUCACUUCAUUGAGGUUGUCGACAUAAACUGAUUCCCUACAGAAGCAAGUGAUAGGAAUUGAAGAAGUUGAAUAUGCUGUAGAAAAGUACACAAGAAUUUAGAUCAAUUUCUGGAAGAAAAAGUGAAAAGGCAAAGUGCAAGUCCAGAUUUUGCUAUUUGUUCCUGCUUUUCUGGUGAACAAUCUAUGGUCAAACUGCCAAUCAUGGAAUUAAAAUACAUUCCUCCCACCUCCUCUGUUGCCAAUCUUUCUGCAACCAAAACCUACCCACUAAUAUAGAUGAUACCUCUCAUCCAGCAAGUUUACAGAUUGUCUUUUUCUUUUCUUUUUUGUUGUAACUGUUACACAUUACCUUUACACGUGACACGUAUAAGAAUAACUCUCUGUUCGAAUA